AUGAGAAUAUUUCAUUCCAAACAUCAAAAUCUUAUCCUUCAGUGUUAUCCCCCUGGGAAAGGUGCUGAUAAGAAACCAAACUCAUCUGAAUUAAGUUAUUUACUAUACUAUGCAUCAACUCGUAGAGUUAAAUUGGAAAAAGUUGUUACCUUCUUAAAGGAAAAGACGGAAAGUGAUAUUGGUCAUGCAAGAUAUGGUAAUUUACAAGUUACUUUGGCCAUUUUAUCAGCUUUAACUGAAAAAUGUACUGAUAACUUAAAUGUAUUUGCUUCUUUUAUUUGUUCCAUGUUACAAUCUAUCUUGGCUAUAAAGGAUUUACCACUUUGUAAAAGUGUGGUUAAAACUUAUAGUGUGUUAUGUGAUAAAUUAGACGAAGGGUUGUUCACGGGUGAUAAAGAAUUCGUUCAUUCAUUCAGUUCCCUUUCCGAAAAUUUAAUCAAUUUAGCAUCUUAUAAUCUGGAAGAAAAGAAACCAAAUCAAUUAGAAUGGAAAAUGAUUGCUUUAUUAGCUAUUAAACAUAUUUCUCAUUGUUUAGGGUAUAAUACUAAAAUUUCCACUAAAUUCAUUGGAAUUUCAAUCCCAUUCUUAAUGAGAACGGUUCAAAUCAAUAAUAAUCAAAGAAGUUUAUUAACAAGAUUAAGAAGUAAUGUUAACGUUGAAAUUGAAGAUCGUAGACUUUCAAAAGUCAUUCUGGCUAAAGGUGGUCAAGGUCUUUCAACUCAACAAAUUGAAGAAGAUUUUGAUAAUGAUGCUUUAACUGCUACUGAUAUAAAUGAAGAAGUCUUUUCAGCUUUAAAAGCAUUAUUUAAUACUAGUUUGACCAAUCAAAUUCAAUCAGUUACUAAAGCUGUUGUCAAAUAUACUUUUGAUAAUAAAUCAGAACCAAAAUGGGGUUCAACCUUUUUAGAAAUGUGUACCACUUGGAUCCCAGUUCAAUUAAGAUUUGUAAGUUUAGCAACUUUAUUAUCAAGAUUAGAUUCAGUGGCUAGAGAAUCUAAUCCUCAAACUCCAAAUUAUGCUCAACAAUUUCAUUAUGCCAAUAAUAUUCUUGGUUUGGUGUCUUCAGAUGUUAAUAUGAUUGGGUUAUCUGUAUCUGAUAUCAUUAGACAAGUACUUUUAUUACAAACCAAUCUCAUUUUACAUCAAUCUUCAUUUUUGGAUCAAGAACAAGUUAAAAAAUUAUCAUCUAUUUAUUCAAAUUGUAUCUGUAAUUUAUCAUCCCAUAUUUAUUAUGCAGAUCAAGUUCCAGAUUCAAUCCAAGAGAUCUUAUUAGAAGUUAAAUCAGGGUUAGAAUAUUCUUAUAUUGACGAAUCUACUCAAUCAGAAAUCAUUGAAGCUGAUUUGAUUCAUAGUUUAAUCCUUACUUUACUUGAUAGUAUAUCAACUAUUUUUAACAUUUUAAUUAAAAAAUCAAGUUCAAUUACUCGUAAUAGAGUUAAUUUAGAACAUUGGACUAUAAGUUUACCAAUCUUAGCACCUGAAAGUGAAAUGGAAAUAGGUGCCAAUAGAACUUCAAUUUUAUCAGCUACCCAAAUGUUUGAAAUUCAAGGGAAAUAUUUAAAAGUAUUUUCUGAUUUCUUAAAUCAUGAAUUAAUAGCCGAUGGUACUCAAAUUAUAAAACUUGAUGAUUCUCACAGUAGGAGUAGAGAAAACUUUUCCGAUGAUUUAAAGGAUUAUACUCAACCUGAUAUUAAUCAAUAUAUUACCCAUCCCGAUAAUUUCAUAUCUCAUUUCUUAUUAUAUAUUGAUAAGUUUUUCGAUAGUAAUGAAUCUCCAAGUACUGAGAUUGUAUUACUGAUCCUUCGUGUCUUAAAGGAAAUGAUACAAAUUUUAGGAAUUAAUUUCGUUAGUAAUUAUGUUCCAUUUUUAUUUCAUUGGUCAUUAAAAUUUAAUGGUAAUUCAUCUCAAGAACACUCAACAGCAUCAAAAUAUAAAGAUACUAUUGCUAAUAUCAUAUUAAAUUAUUGUUUGAAAGGGUUAGAUCAAAUUUAUCCUGAAGAAUUACAAAAUUAUUGUACGAAUUCAAGAUUUUAUGGUAAACUUUUAACAAACAUCUCAUAUAGAAAAACUAAUAGAUUAUGGAUUGAAGGAUUAGAUUCAGAACCAACUGAUUUAGAAAUUUCUAAAGCAGUAAAACAAAUUUCAUCAGUCGAAGAUAAUGUGAAAUAUAAUUUUACAAAAGAUGACUUAGAAAAUUUCGCUUGUGGAGAUAAUUUCACGAUUAUUUGGAUUGAUCAUAAAAGACCAAUUACUUUAGAUUUCAUUAAUGAUCCUCAUUCCAAUGAUAGAAGUGGUCUUGGAAGUGGUGAUGGAUCAGGACCAGGUAGUGAAGUUGUUUCCAUUGAAUCAUCUAUUAAAGCUGGUUUUACUGGUAAAGGUAUUGGUACUGCUGGUGAUAUUUCAUCUAUUUAUUCUGAUUUACUGCAUCAUCAUCAAAAGAAUUAUAAUUCAAGUUAUAAUAGUACCAAUAUGAAUGCAACAUUUAAUACUGGUGAACAUAGUAAUGGAUCUAUUAUUACUGGUAGUGAAAUUUUAAAGAAUUAUAAUACCCCACGAAUUUCAGAAUUAAAAGAUUUAAUGCUGCAACAAAGAAAAGCAGGAGCUAGAAGAGCUACAUUGUUUUCUGAUAAUAUGUCUACUUCAACAGGUAAUGGAGGUCAUGUUUCAGGAUCAGUGUUGACUAGACUGAUAGCUACUACUGAUGUUAAUACUAUUAUUGAUGGAUUAAAUGAUGACGAUGAUAAAGCUAUUGUUGUGUAG